AUGGACUCGGCAGAAGAGCGGCCUACGCUGCAGGAGACGCUAAACCUGUUGCAUCAAGCAUCUAGAACGACAGCAAAGCAACGCACGGUCAAAGUCUCCAGUAUAGUCGAUGCCAUCUGCCGUUACGCCUCGGAAGAUGGCCUUGACCAGGAUGCUCUUCGAGACAUUGUACAGCUUGCGUCACUGAAAACUUCACUGGACCAAACCACCAUCACCACUUUGAUCAAGAAUCUGUAUCCUUCUCAAAAGGUUCCGGGCGAUGUUGUGAUCAUCAUUGUUGGUGCUCUGGGGCAGGGCAAGGGCAAGCCUUCGCCCGGCACACAAGAUAGCCUUGUGAAAUGGCUUAUUACCGUUCAUGAGAUUAUGGAAAGCCCAAACGUCCUCUCCCGCCUGUACGGUGUGUUGUUUAGUAUGCUUGACAUGAUCAGUAUCAGAACGUCUUUGUGUCAUCUGCUAUCCCUCAUUACUCGUAGACAGCACGUCAAGCCAUUCCGAAUACAGCAACUACUCGAAUUAUCUCGCGGUCUCGGUAAUGAACCCGCGCUUCAAGGUCUUCUCCGCGUCUACAAGGAUUACUAUCCCGACAUAAUCCUGGGAAGCACCUCCACGAGCCGGAAGUCAUUCGCUCCGCGACCUGAUGCCGAAUGGCAAGGUAAGAUCAUUGCGAUCCAACAGGCUAGUUUGGCGGAGGACGACUCGAACGCGGAUGGGCAGAACGGGUUCAAGGUGCUACGAAGGAGACUUAAAGGUAGUAAAGGGCCGGCAAUCCCGGACGUGCACACCUACCAUGCGAACGAGAACUCCGCAACCAUCGAGGGUAUUGAUAACGUAGACGACUUCGUUGAGAAGCUCGACAGAAUAGAACCACCAGGUCAGAUGGUAGCGCUUCUCACGGACCCACUAUUGCAAAAGUACGUCGACCUCAAGCCAUCACCAAUCGCAGUCACCCGGUUGGGGACUUGGCUCGCGACAUGUCUGGAAGAGCAAUUUGAGGAAUACCGGCGAGGUACUGGGGACGAUCAAACUCUAUCCGAGGUCCUCGAUGGGCUUUUGAGGUACGCGCAAUACACAAAGUCACUACAUCCUACUGUAACAGCGUUUCUUCGCGAGUACCUGCCAAUAUGGGACGGACGGCAAGAUCUUACUACGAUCCUAGGGCUCGUCUCCUACAUCCACGUUGAAGUGUUUGAUGAUGCUUAUACGACCUACCUCUCACUAAUUGAACGCGCUCUAGCAACUCAGGGCAUCACUGCUUAUACAGAGCUCGUUGAUUUCUACAUAGCUUUUCUGCAGCACCAAAUUGCUCUGACAUCCUCAGCACCUGCUGAGCAACGAGUGACUGGACAGGAAGUGUUGGAAGACAUGAUGGAGCAUGUAUCCACGUUAUUCACUUCAGCUCUUCUAUCGAUCCCGACAGGCUCGAACAUGGAUCUCACAUCAUCAAUACUCUCCUUCUACGAACUCCUCAGUACCUCCUCGAAGCCACACGUCAUUCCAAUCCAUCUCCCGCCGAUGCAUCUCAUCUAUCUGCUAGCCCAAGACACGUCCCCAGCAACUCUUUCCCGAAUCUGCGGCAUCAUCGGCUCCUACAAAUCGGCUUUCGACGCGCACCCCAAGCCAGUCAAGACGUAUUAUCCAGCAGAAGUCACAGACGCAUUCAACUACUGUCUGCGCGACAUGUAUAAUCUCGUAUGGGUAUCUCGUGGCCUUGUCGCCCAAAAGGACAAAUCAAGGGGUUUGUACUGCGACCAGAUAUUGCGGUCUACACUUAAUGAUUAUCUACGUACUGUGAAUCGUGGAUACAACAUCGCGGACGCAUUUACCUUGUCGUACAAUGCGUGGCUGGUGUCGCUGUCUGCUGCGGUGUGGCAUGCGGUCGAGAAGCGUGAGGUCGAGAAAGCGGGUGAGGGAAAGAUUACUAGGUAUCACACCGGACCUGUCAGUGGAAAGAGUCUGGAUGUGCUUAACAGUAGAGGCGGCGUGAGCGUGGAUUGGGAUGGGGCGGAUGGGUAUAAAGUUAUGGUGCUGCAGUGGUUGACUGAGAGGGGAUUGGGUGGGAUUAGAGAGUUGAUGUUUGCGACGGUUACCAACCUUAGACGUAAAGUCUGA